CCUCUCUAUAAAUUUGCAUCUCCUUUCUUUUGCCCUCACACAAUAAGGUAGCAUUGGGAGUUCCAGAGCCGGUUUAUAGAACGACGCAGAUGGAAGCUUGCACUGAAACAGGUAAGAGCUCAUGGCCGGAGCUAGUGGGUGUAAACGGAGAGGUGGCAGCUGAAGUCAUGGUGAGAGAAAACCCAAAGGUUGGUGCUGUGAUUGUCAAAGAAGGGAUGAUGGUGACCAUGGAUUACCGGUGUGAUAGGGUCAGGGUGUGGGUUGAUAAGUAUGGAAUCGUUAAAGAAACACCACAGAUUGGUUAGAAUUGCUGCAGGCCGAUCGAUCAAGAGCUAAUUAAUUAGACUUGUUGCUUUAUCAAUUAUCAUGUAAUACUUGUUCAUAAUUGUUAAAAGCGUUCCAUAAAUGGAGCUUCUUCUCAUAAUUUGCACGCAUGUAUGUUAUCAGCAUCUUAAUAAAUUGGAUGUAAAUUAAUAAUUUCAA